GAUUGACUUCAAUCUGGUUGGGAUUCCUUAGUUUGACUAGUUAGCCGGAUGUUGGCCAGGCUGGUACUCACUAUUUCUGGUUGGGGAAGGGUAAAGAUCAGGCUCGGUCCAUUACAUUGGCAUUUUGUAAAUCCAUUCUUUUGGAAAAUAUGAAUAUAUGUGACUGUUCCUGAGCAGCCUUUAAUGCCCUCCUCUAACUGCUCCAGAGUAGGUAAAGGAGAUGAGCUGCCUUCUUGAGCUGUGGCAGACUUUGAGGGUGAGGGAACAGCUACGAUGCUGUUAGGGAGGGGAUUUCCCGGAUUUUGACUGAAGGAACUCCAUGAUAUUUCCAGGUCGGGAUGGUAAGUGGUUUGCAGGAGGACGUGCGGAUAGUGAUGUUCCCGUGUAUCUGCUGAUCUUCUUUGGUGGUAAACUUGCAGAGCGGACACAGGGUGUUGGCUGUGAGAGCCACCCCAUGGUCGAAUAGUCUAUCAUUCCCCACUGCCUACACUUCAGUGCGGCUUAUGAAGGAAGACGAGUAACAGCAACAACAAUUGAAAAAAAAAGCUAAGACCUUUAAGACAACCGAGCGGAGAAAAUAAUCUGCAAUCAAAGCAUCUUUCGAAAGAGAGAGAAAAAAAACACAAGAGACACUUCAGCUUUAAGGCAGAUCUAGUCUGUGCAUCGAGACCAGUCUGACAGGGUGCGGUGCUGGAGUGAGCGCAGACUACACAGAGCUCCGCUCACCAUGUCCCGUUGCAGUGUCUGGGUCGGCAUCCUGCUGCUGGAACUUUUUUCACCGGGCUCCUUCUUUGCUGAAACUAUCUCGGACCCGAAAGCAGCCGAGCGGACCAGCAACCACAGCCAUCGCUGGAGCUCGGUCACCUCCAACCAGCCGGAGAGCAAAGCCAUUCAGCCGGAGGCGGUGGGGAAUCAGAGUGCCAGCACAGACAGGCUGAAGGUCUUCUCCCUGGACUAUCAUCACGUCCAGGUCCCGUUUGAAAUUACACUAUGGAUCAUGUUAGCAUCGCUGGCAAAGAUAGGAUUUCAUCUCUACAUCAAACUACCCUCGAUCGUACCUGAAAGUUGCCUGCUUAUAAUAGUGGGCCUGAUAAUGGGAGGAAUAAUCUAUGGAGUGAAUGAGAGAUCUGCACCAGUUAUGAGCACAGAUGCCUUUUUUCUCUACCUGCUGCCACCAAUUGUACUGGAUGCAGGCUACUUCAUGCCUAGCCGGCCCUUCUUUGAGAACAUUGGGACAAUCCUUUGGUACGCGGUGGUGGGCACCAUGUGGAACGUUUUUGGAAUUGGCUUGUCCCUUUACGGAAUUUGCCAGAUUGAAUCCUUCGGCCUAAAGGACAUUUCCCUGCUCUACAACCUGCUGUUCGGCAGCUUGAUCGCUGCUGUGGAUCCAGUGGCGGUCCUGUCCGUGUUUGAGGAGAUUCAUGUGAAUGAGCAGCUGCACAUCCUGGUUUUUGGCGAAUCACUUCUCAAUGAUGCUGUCACUGUGGUCUUGUACAAACUGUUUAAGACUUUCUGCACCAUGUCCUCAGUUGGAGUGUCAGAUAUUUUGGUGGGAAUUUUUAAGUUCUUUCUGGUUGGAUUUGGAGGUUUACUCGUGGGCAUUACCUAUGGAAUCAUUGCAGCCCUCACGACUCGCUUCACGGAGAAUAUCCGUGUGAUCGAACCUCUCUUCGUAUUCCUGUACAGCUAUUUGUCGUAUCUGACUGCCGAAAUGUUCCAGUUCUCUGGCAUUGUGGCAGUCAUUGCCUGCUCCAUGAGUAUGAAACGUUAUGUGGAGGCUAAUAUCUCUCAGAAGUCUCACACUACAAUCAAAUACUUCAUGAAGAUGUGGAGCAGUGUGAGUGAGACCCUCAUCUUUAUUUUCCUCGGUGUUUCCACUAUUGGGGACAAGCACGAAUGGAGUUGGCCCUAUGUAUGUUUCACAAUGAUAUUUUGCCUUGUCUGGAGAGCAGUUGGUGUCAUUUUCCUGACAUUUAUCGUGAAUAAAUUCCGUGUGAAUGUUGUAACGAGAAAGGAUCAGUUCAUCAUUGCUUAUGGUGGUUUGCGAGGGGCAAUCUGUUUCUCCCUUGUUUUCUUGCUUCCAGAUUUCCCUCAGAAAAAAUUGUUUACCACAGCCACUAUAGUGGUCAUCUUUUUUACAGUCUUUGUUCAGGGAAUGACAAUUAAACCACUCGUGGAGUUAUUAGAAGUGAAACGAACAAGUCAGGCACCUCCGACUGUAAGUGAACAGAUUCACAUUCGGUUCUUGGAUCACUUGCUGGCUGGCAUUGAAGAUAUCUGUGGGCAUUGGGGCCAGUAUUACUGGAAAGACAGGUUUGAGAACUUCAACAAUAAAUAUCUGAACAAGAUUUUCAUCAGAGAGCAGCAUUUGUCCAAAUCCAGCAUUGUUGUUUUAUACCAGAAACUGGAGAAAAAGCAUGCCAUUGAACUGGCAGAGGCAGGCCAGCUGAUCGGAGCACCGUCUCUCGCUUCUCUGCAUGAUGAACAAAAUGCUGAAGUUUCCAAAAGUCCAGUUCCUUCAGAACAGUUGGAUAACAUCCAGGAGCUCUUGAUUAGAAACCUUUAUCGAAUAAGGCAAACGACACAGUCCUACAACAGACAUACCCUGCCGCAAGGAAAACAUUCAAAUCAAGCAAAAGAAAUUUUUCUGCGUCGUCAGGAAAGUUUGCUCAAAGAUGAUGGUGUAACGAAUCUAAUACAGAGGAGAUCCAUUUGUGUUGACGGCCAGUCGCAGAAGAAAGGCAAACUAGCCCGAAGUCUCACAGUUGGAGGAUAUGGAGGCAACAAAAACAACGCAGAGAACCAAUCUCCAAAGCUACCCAAGUCCAUGUCUGUCACUCCUCAACAACCUCACAGGACAGAAUGGAUUAAUGAGGAAGAACUUGAAGAUCUACAGAGUUCUGAUGAAACAGACAUAAAUCAAAAAGGGGAGGAUGAAUUGAAAAAAAAUGCUGAAAACAGAAGACCUGCACACAAAUUAAAGCUCAGGUUCGCUUCCCAGGAUACAAUCGAAAAUGGAUUGUAACAAACCGGCAAUAGGUGCAGAAUUCCUAAUGCACCUCCAGUAAUUCUUUGAAGCAAUUAUUGACAGAUCCAAUGUAGAAUAUACGGAACAAAAAGCAACAUCUAGAAUUGAUGUGACAGACAAUGUGAGAUAUUCAGCACUCACCCUUAUCUUAACACUAAAGCCUCACUCUAUAUGGGAUUUCCAGGUACCAUGUUGAUUAUAAGAACAUUGGAGCAGGAAUUGACCAUUCAGCUCUUCAAAUCUUCUCUGCUACAUAUACAUUAACACCACUUUCUAUUGAUAUCCCUAUAUGCCCUGAUGUCAUAAUCAUCCAGAACUUCAUGCUCAAAGAUUAAGCUUCUACACCCCGCUGGGGUAAUAAUUCCAAAGAUUCACCAGCCUCCUCCUCACCUCUUUGUUAAAUCACCUAAUCCUUAUUCGGAGACUGUGGCCCCUGGUUGUAGGCUCUCCAAUCCAGAAGGAAUAUUGGAGAAAAGGAGAGAGGUCUAUAGGAGAAGUGGGGAGUUGCUGCUAGGAAACUGUUGCAGCUGUGUGCUAGUAGGUUUCAAUCAGAUCACCUCUCAUUUAUCGAAACUCUAGAGAGUACAGAUUGAAGGUUACUCAAUCUUUACACAUAUAACUAUAUCCACCAUCUCAGAGAAUAAAUCUCACUUUAAACAGUUGAAGGACAUUUGACACCAGGCAGGUUAGCCUUCUGGAACAGUAAGCCAACUCCAACUCUGCAGGAAUCAGUGCUACUGGUUCAUUUUGUCAUCCAACCUUGGCAAUGCAUCACUCCUCACUUUCAGAAUAUAGCAUUGUUUCAAUGAUUAAAAAACUUCUUAUGCACAACAAUGGUAAAUAUCACUUUCAAAAUACUAGGUAAAAAGACUAUUUCCUAGGAAUCGUUGUAAGCAAUAUUGGUGACGGGAAACCUGUACGACAUUAAUGCCUGCUGUUCUUUUUCCUAGUGGUGUUAACACAUUUACAAAAUACAGGGUAACACGUGUAUUAAAAUAGGUACCAAUGUCUCUUUGACUUUGUAAGCUCCCAUAUGUAGUUUAAAGUCAUCAUUGUAGUACAAAGCAAAUUCUCUUGCAGUGGUCAGUAGGGCAGAUAUUACAUCCAAACCCCAUGUACUGUUACUAUCGAAAAUAUAUUGUAUAAUUAGUCAUCAUUAGCUCAUCUGACACUGCUUGAAAGCUUGUAGGCAUUUAAGGGGAUCACGUAAAUAGUGCUGAAAAUUGUUUUACUCAUCCAAAUGCAUAAAAAGUUAUUGGGUAAUAAUUGCAUAUAAUGGAUGGAUUAUUAAUUUCCUGAAGUGAAGUUAUUAUAUUUCAAUCUGUCUGAAAAGCUACAACAUCAUAAGCAUGAAACAUUAAGCACUUUAACAAUGUCAUGGGACCAUGGGACUGAAAAACCCUGGGAGUUUCCAAAUUACUCCCAGACGUUUGUUAUAUCUACACCUCACAUUCAUGUUGCUGUUCUCAGUCUACUGAGCACUGCUUUCCCACUUCAGAGAUGUCUUCCAUCAUCAAGGAUUUACAUGUUGAAAGAAGUGCUGGAGAGAGACAAGUACGUUCAAUUUGGACAUGUGCAGUGCUAUUUGAUGGAUACCGCAACAUCAGAAGAUUGUAUAUCAUCUCAUGUACAAUGUGUUACAAAGUAACUGUAUGUAUUAUAUGUAAUGUACUAAGUGUUAUACUGUAUCUGUGCUGUACAGAAAGCUAAUGCACCAUGUAAUUGUAUGUAUUGUACAUAUACCCAAUAAUUGGCUGCAAUUCCAUUUUGUUGUUAUGGAAAAUAAAAAAUUAGAAUCAACCAGCAUUGUGAUUAAGCACUGAAA